AUGGAAUUUUUGUUAGUUUUAACAUAUGCAUUGGCCAUUGGCUUAAGGGCUGUGAAUUCUCAAGAAGCCACACUUGUGCCUGCAAUCAUUACGUUCGGAGACUCUGCGGUCGAUGUGGGCAACAAUGACUACAUUCACACCAUUUUCAAGGCGAAUUACCCGCCUUACGGCCGGGAUUUCAAGAAUAAGGAACCUACUGGGAGGUUCUGCAAUGGGAAACUAGCUACUGAUAUUACUGCUGAGACUCUUGGAUUUACGACAUAUCCCCCGGCUUAUCUUAGCCCUCAGGCAUCAGGGAAGAACCUUCUCAUAGGAGCCAAUUUUGCUUCUGCUGGUUCUGGAUAUGAUGAUAAAACAGCCAUUCUAAGUCAUGCAAUUCCACUGUCACAGCAGUUGCAAUAUUACAAAGAGUACCAAUCAAAACUAGCAAAUGUAGCAGGUGGUAAUAAGGCAGCAUCAAUUCUCAAGGAUGCAAUAUACAUCGUGGGUGCCGGUAGCAGUGACUUUUUACAGAAUUACUAUGUGAAUCCUUUCAUCAACAAAAUUUAUACUCCUGAUCAGUAUUCAUCAAGCCUCGUGGCCAUAUUUUCAAGCUUCAUCACGAAUUUAUACGGCCUGGGAGCUAGGAGAAUUGGGGUGACUUCACUUCCACCAUUAGGCUGCCUUCCUGCAGCAAGAACUCUAUUCGGAUUCCACGAGAGUGGCUGUGUGUCUCGUAUCAAUACAGACGCCCAAGCAUUCAAUAAGAAAAUCAACUCAGCCGCAACGCAACUACAGAAACAACUUCCCGGCCUUAAGAUUGCUAUUUUCGACAUCUUCAAGCCCAUCUAUGACCUUGUUCAAAAUCCUUCGAAAAAUGGAUUUACAGAAGCAACAAAAGGUUGCUGUGGAACAGGAACUAUAGAGACAACAUCAUUCUUGUGCAAUCCCAAGUCGAUAGGAACUUGCAGCAACGCAACUGAGUAUGUAUUUUGGGACAGUGUGCAUCCUUCUGAGUCCGCUAAUCAAGUUAUUGCUGAUUCCUUGGUCUUCCAAGGCAUCAGCCUCAUAGGUUGA